AAGACGCGUAUAGCCUCUGCUCCCUACUCUAUAGUCUGAGUUCUGAACAAUUGAAACUUCAGACGUUUCAGUCUUCCACUCUACUCUCAUCAGAGUCUCAAAUCACAAGACUCUCAACUCUCAAGCCUCAACACUCCACUACCACAGGCACGGCCUUUAGUUUCACGUUUCGCUAUCUCUCCCUCUCUCUCUCAAAUCCCUAACCCUAGCCACUUCUUACCGCCGCCGUUGUUAAGUCACCUCAUCAAUGACCUGCCGUUCUUCAGUUCAAGUAGUCCCUCUCUCGCCCAAACCCCUCUCCCUUAAUGAUCUGCCAUCUGAAGCUUUGAUCUUACGUAUCUGAUGGUGGGUUAGUAUUUUUUAAAAAAAAAAAUUUCUUACUGACCUUGUGAUGGAUGUGGUGAUGGUGGGAGAUGGAGUGGUGGUGGUGCCGGUUUAGUUUUCUCUCUUUUCGUCUCAUAAAUCUGGGGUUUGUGGACUUAUUUGUGCUAUUUGAUUUCUAUAGGUUUGCAUUGUGGUUUGUGUUUUGGGUUUUGAUUUCUCUGUGUUCUUUGGGUUGAUAUAUGAUGGGUCUGGGUUUUGAUUUCUGUGUGUUCUUUGGGUUGAUUCCUCAUGGGUAUGGGUUAGUUUUGGUUUCUCUAUUCUAUGGUUGAUUUCUCAUAGGUCUGGGUUGGUUUUGAUUUCUCUGUUCUUUGGUUGAUUUCGGUCUGGGUUUUUAUUUUUCUGUUCUUUGAGUCUGGGUUUGAAUUUCUGUUCUUGCUAUACUUCAGACCCGAAUUGCCCGACGGUUCCGACCCGAGCCACCGGGUCCAACCUAAAAUUCGGUCGGUCUCGGGUCUUUUUUGUUCACCCGAUUGAAUCGGAUCAAGUACGGAUUAGCUCAAAACUCGAUCCGAUCCGACCCGUAGACAGGCCUAAGUAAAGCUUACUCAUUGCUUUUCUUUGAUUAUAAUAGUACGGUGCUUUUCUUUGAUUAUUAUUACAGUAGAACACACUGAAUUUAGUAUACAAACUCUGCAGUUUGGAUAAGUAUUGAAUUGUGUAAAAGAAACCAAAAAAAAAAAAAAAAAACUUUUACUAAAAGGUUAGUAAUUCUAAAUUAUAAUUGAUGCAAAUUACUAAACCUUUACCCAAAAAAAUGAAAGAUUCUUUGAGGACGCGCGUGAAACUAGUGUUAAUGAAAUUUAUAAAAACAAAACAAAACCUUUUAGUGGAACACAGGGAAGGACUUUUUAGGAGAAACCUGAAACCUCGUAAACUAUUAUAGAAACUGCCACACUUGGAGGCUAAACCAUUUUCACUACUUACACGUGUUGGGCCACAGCCCUGCCAUGUGUCCACAACAUGCAAAUGGAACCAACACACUUAAUUAACAAGAUUUUGAGGAAAUGAACAGAGAGCCUUUCCCUUAGCAGAACCCAAAUCUAAUCUCUGAACACAGAUUUUGCAAGGUAUGUCACACCCAAUCCUUUUAUAACACUUUCAUCAUUGUAGACCUCUCUUUGAUUUCAAAUGAUUCGUUUUCUGUUUUAAGCUACAAGUUUAUUUCCUCGAAAGAGUGUCAUAUUUGGGAUGUAGAUAUGGAUAUUUGAAUUUAAUUAAAUAUCUUGCUAGAUCAUGAACAUAGUAUAGGUUAACAUACAUCUUAGGAACACAAAUGUAAUGAUGUUUUUAUAUGAUGCAUGGUGCUACAUCUAGCAAUUGGUUAUAAUUUGGCAGUGCACUCCAGUUACUAUUUAGGGAAAAAAAAUGUCAUGUCCAUGAAGAUUUAAAAUUAAUAGAGAGCACCCUAUUCAAUGGAUGAGUCAUUAACCGAGAUUGGAUUAUGAUUCCUUUUGGAUAAAGGAAUUUAAAGAUAAUGAUUUGGAUUUACAAUCUUUAGUUUAAAUGACUUGAAUAGAGUAUAAAAGGAUAUGAUUUUUUUCCCUAGCAAUGAAAUUCGUGAAGGGAUUUGUUGAAUUGAAAAAGACUAGAUGCAAUGUGUCAUUUCAAAUCCAUUAUAUCACAAGUUUUAUUUAUUUAUUUAUUUUUUUAGCAAACUCCCCAAAGCGCAAAUCAUCAUGUAUUGUUAAAUUUAUAUCGAACAAUUUAUGCAAAUAGUUGUUCUAUAUAUUCCUUGAUUUUAAAUCCUUGAAUCUAAAUGCAACCUCAAUGAUUUUCAAAUAGGGCGAUCAAAUUUAUUUAAUAUUUUCUGUUAAACUAAUACUAUGACUUUUUCUUUUGAUAAGUAAUCCUAUGAUUAUGUUACUAAAAGGAAGACAUUGGGAAUAUUGGCAAACUCCCAUUAGUGCCUUUUGGUGUAGGUAUGGCACAUGAAGAAAUGAUCAAAGAUAAUUCCAAACUUUCAAGCUAUGAUGCUUAUUUUGAGAAGAUCCAGUCAAGGAAGAAAUUACCACAAUUGAUGCAAGAGACUUUGACAGCUGCAUUUGCAAAUAUUCCAGUUUCAUCAUUCCCAGAAGUUCCUGGUGGCAAAGUGAUAGAAAUAUUAGCAGACACUUCCGUUGCUGAUGCUUUAAAGAUUUUAUCUGAAUGCAACAUUCUGUCUGCUCCUGUGAGAAACCCAGAUACAGAAAAUUCUGCAGAUUGGAGAGACAGGUACCUAGGAAUCAUAGAUUACUCAGCUAUCGUUCUGUGGGUGCUGGAGAGUGCAGAACUUGCCGCUGUUGCUCUAUCAGCUAGUACAGCAACAGCUGCUGGAGUUGGUGCAGGAGCAGUUGGCGCUCUUGGAGCACUAGCAUUGGGUGCGACCGGGCCUGUUGCUGUUGCAGGGCUAGCAGCUGCUGCAGUUGGUGCUGCUGUGGCUGGUGGUGUGGCUGUAGAUAAAGGGAUGGGAAAAGAUGGUGCCACAGCUGCUGAUAAAUUGGGCAAGGAUUUUUACAAAGUUAUACUGGAAGAUGAACCCUUCAAAUCAACCACAGUGAGGUCGAUACUCAAGUCCUACCGUUGGGCUCCUUUCCUCCCAGUUUCAAUAGAGUGUUCUAUGUUGAGUGUCUUACUGCUACUUUCAAAAUAUAGGCUAAGGAAUGUACCUGUAAUUGAAGAAGGCAAGCCUGACAUUAAGAACUACAUUACUCAAUCUGCCGUUGUUCAGGGUCUUGAUAGAUGUAAUGGAAGGGACUGGUUUGACCUCAUUGCUAUGCAGCCUAUUUCUGAAUUAGGGCUUCCUUUCAUGUCCCCUGCUGAGGUAAUUAGCAUCCAGGGCGAUGAGUUGAUUCUGGAGGCUUUCAAGCGAAUGAGAGAUAACCAAAUUGGUGGUCUUCCAGUUGUAGACGCACCAAAGAAGAAGAUUGUUGGGAACGUUAGCAUAAAGGACAUCAGAUACUUGCUACUGAAACCUGAGCUUUUCUCCAAUUUUAGGAAGCUGACUGUGAUGGAUUUCAUGCAAACCAUUGCCUCCCAAGAGACUGGAAAAGUCAUCCCACCAAUUACAUGCAAACUUGAUUCAACUCUUGCCAGUGUGAUCCAGAGUCUUGCUUUGAAGUCAGUUCACAGGAUUUAUGUGGUAGCUGGGGAGGACGAUGAAGUUAUUGGCGUCAUUACGCUUAGAGAUGUGAUUUCUUGCUUCAUUUAUGAGCCGCCUAACCAUUUUGAUAACCACCUUGGGUUUGCAGUGAAGGAAAUAUUGAAUCAGUGAUGCUUCAGGUCUCGAAAUCCUUCAAAUGUAUGUAAGAACAGAUAUGUAAUGAAAUCCGGUUUUGGGCGGUAGAACAAUUUAAGUGCAGAUAUGUAACAAAAUCCGGUUUUUGGCCGGAGAACAAUUUACUGUCUGUUCAAUCAGUACUGAACAUGUACUUUCACAUUUCUCCUAUUAAGCUAGAGCCAGGGAGCUUUCUUAA